UGGCACUUUGGGAGUCCAAUUGUUCUGCUCAUCACACACCCAUCUCCUCUCUCCUCCAGCUCCAGCCAUGGCCGUCUCAACGUGAAGCAAGAGGAGAUAGAUGAGAUGCUGAAAGAAGCGUCGGGCCCAGUCAACUUCACCGUCUUCCUCACCAUCUUUGGAGAGAAGCUAAAAGGCGCUGAUCCAGAGGAAACUAUCCUCAACGCAUUGAAAGUAUUUGAUCCUGAAGGAAAAGGGGUCCUGAGGAAGGACUCUGUAACCGAGAUGCUGAUGACACAGGUGGACAGAUUUUCUCCUGAAGAGAUGGAGCAAAUGUUUGCAGCCUUCCCACCAGACGUGGCAGGAAAUCUAGACUACAAAAUCCUUAUCCACAUCAUCACACACGGAGAAGAGAAGGACCCGGAGUAACUAACUAACUGCUCCUUUAGCGUGUCUGUCAGUGACAGAAAUAGAAGCUCUUGACUAGAGACUCUAGAGCUUCUAUUUCUAAAAUAUAAACACCCGUCGGCUGUCAUCUAUCAUCUCCAGGCUCCACCCAUGGUCCUGUGUGCUUGCCCCGCCCACUUACAUCCUCAGAUCAGGUGAUGUGGACCACCCUGGAAUAAUUCACUGGCUCCUUUGUCUGUCAGUCACACUUUCCCUCCCAUGUCACCUAUACCAAGAGACCCCACCACCUGCAGCCCCACAGUGGAAGAGGAGGGAAAGAACCAGAGGGAAACUCACUGGCAAAAGGCUCAAGACACUUUUAAACUAGCCACCUGUGAUGCAUCUGCUUGUGUUUUCCCGUCAUCGACAGUGGUUAAGAAAACUACCAAGCCAGAUGUGUGUAAAUGGUCUGUCAGACAAAUGGUUGAAUCCAUAUUCAAUAGCUAUUUUACAAUCUGAUCACUUUUCAAUAAAUAACUUUUGUAGAGAGA